AUGGGGCCCCGGGCAAUAGGGGAUCAUGGGGCCCCUGUGUCCUCGCCCAAACUUAAACCACACCCAAAAAAGCCUAUGAAAGGUACCAGGGGCAUCUCAUGGGGCCCCCUACUGACCCUGGGCCCUCGGGCAGUGCUCGAAGUUUCCAAAUGGUCAGUCCGCCCCUGGUUCUGGUUGGAUACAUUUAUAAAUAUGUUGACAGAUAAAAAAAUAUCCCCUAUUAUUUAAGUACUGUAUGUACAGUAUUAACUGUUUACCUGGAUUUUGGCUUUAUUGUACACAGAGGAAGAAGAAGUUUGCACUGGUUUCGGACAUUUUAUUAUGCUAUACACU